AGCCUACCCUCUCUCUUGUUUAGCCCACCCACCUCGUGCUCAAGUCUCCCAACAAAAGACCACCACCUCCCCACUCCUGCUCCCUUCCGCGACUCAAGUCUCCAACCAAAUUCCCUUCCGAUUCCUCCACUCCUCUCGCCCCCCGAGGCACACACUCCCCCAAACCCUAGCUCCCCCCUCCCCCGUCGUCGCCCCCCCGCGCCGGACCGAACCCGCGCCGAGCUCGGGCGCCGAAUUCGCGCCGCGGGAUGGGCUCCGACUCCAAGGAGCUGCUCGGGAUCGAGCCCCUCGAGCUCCGCUUCCCCUUCGAGUUCAUGAAGCAGAUCUCGUGCUCCAUGGAGCUCACCAACAAGACGGACGACUACCUCGCCUUCAAGGUCAAGACGACGAGUCCCAAGAAGUACUGCGUCCGGCCCAACAGCGGCAUUGUGCCGCCGCGGUCCACCAGCAGCGUCGUCGUGACAAUGCAGGCGCUGAAGCAGGCGCCGCCCGACAUGCAGUGCAAGGACAAGUUUCUCGUGCAGAGCGCUGUGGUGACGGAGGGAACUGCAGUCAAGGAUAUCACUGGAGAGAUGUUUAAAAAGGAAUCAGGUAAUGUGGUGGAUGAGGUGAGGCUCAAGGUUGUCUACGUGCAACCACCCCGACCACCAUCGCCUGUGCGGGAGGGAUCUGAAGAGGGUUCGUCGCCUCGGCCUUCAUGGUCAGAUGGGGCAAACAUAAAUUAUCAAGAUAUGCAGGCAACAAGGGAAUCUGAUGAGCCUCCAUUGUCCUCAGCGCACAAGGAACCAUCUGAGAUAACCACUGAGACGUCCCCGUUGAUUUCAAGAUUAACUGAAGAGAGAAACUCUGCUAUUCAGCAGAACAACAAGCUUCGUGAGGAACUGGACCUUGUGAGAAGGGAGAUCAGCAAGCAGAAUGGCAAUGGUGGUUUCCCGUUGGUGUUUGUGGUUGCCGUUGCUCUGCUGGGAAUUCUGCUGGGCUAUCUCAUGAAAAGAUAGAGGAUCCCUGUGCCUGCGUCUUGUUAGGUGCUGGGAAUUCUGCUGGGCUAUCUCAUGAAAAGAUAGAGGAUCCCUGUGCCUGCGUCUUGUUAGGCUCCUGUCCUCAUCAAAAUGGAGCAGUGUUGUCAUCUCCAUUCUGAUGCGCUCAUUUACAUGUGCGGCACUACUACUUAACAGCACAAUAUCUUAGGGUAUGAUGUCGCCUGUAGUCGCAAGCGUCAGACUGGGUUGACCAUCAUACCCGGUCGAGUAGUCGUCACGAUUAACCUUAUGGUUGUUUGUCAUAUAUGGCUACUGUUAGGUUGGGCACUAGUAUAACUUGGUAUAAUUGUUAAAAAUGACUUUCGCCUAUCUAGUGUUGAUUGCCUCGUGGUAUAUUUGAAGUAAACUAACGACUUGGAGCGGAAAUUUCUCAA